AGGAAAUCUUGGUUAUGGAUAUAAUGUAGUAGGACCGCUGGAAGCUACGGCGAAGGGGGGGAGACAUUUCUGUUUAUAACGUUGGUCGAAUAAUGUAGCUAUUUCAUCGCUACAAUUCGGCUAUAGAACGUAGCCUACUAAGCGAAGCAAACCCGAUGAGUUAUUCCAGGUGAGUUUUCGGGGAAAGUGUCGCUGUGGCCGCUCACCUCCUGGCAAGGCUACACGGGGGUCCUCCUCCCGGGGACAUCUCAGUCCAGUAUCCGCUCUACCUACCUCUGUCCCCGAAGGAUGGCCACAAAACCCAGCGUACCCGGUCUGACAAGAAAAGAUCGUUUCUUCUCAUCAACGGUGUGUGUUUGGCUGCAGUGACCUGUGAGGGUGUUGCCAGUGACAGAGCAAGGAUCAACUCCUGCCUUCAGCCUGUCUUUGUCUGAGUGGGAGGAGUCAGGGUUCAAAGGUUGUGGCUCUGAGGACCCGCGGGCUGUAUUUCCAUAUGAGGCCCUGCUGAGGGGGCUGGGGACCAACCAAGGUUUUGGAGUAACACACGUUUCUCUUCCCGGUGCAGGGAUGGCCACAUCUAUAUCAUGACAAUGAUGGACAUGAGUGCCCAAGGGCCGUGAGAGCCCCUUGGAAACUUCAUGCACAAACCCACUUUCUUCCUCACACAGAAACACACACUCUCUCUGACACACACACAGUCUUAUUGACACACACACACACACACACACACACACAGAGUAUGUUGGAGGUCCAGGAGGAAAGGCCUGCCACAGCAGGAGGAACGGCAGUGACACACUUCAGCAAGAAAGAGCGAGGGAAGAAGGAACGAGAGGAGGCCAAGGACAGCCGGGGGAAUCUUGGGAUUAUCGGGAACAGUAUUCCAGGUUCUGGUGGCCGAGGGAACGGCAGAGGGAAAGCCCCUCACACACACACAGGCAGCCCCCAGCAGCUCAUCACCCCACCCUGCUCUGUGGUGCUGGGAGCCCCCUCCAUUCAUCACAACAGACUGAAGAACUCCCCAUCCACCAACACACAGAGUCCUAAACCCAAGCCAGAAGUCAUGGUGCGCUCCCCUCCCGUCAUGUCUCCCUCCGGUGGUGCCGCCCAAAUGGACUCCAAACUGCCCAAUCAGAGCAAACCAGGAAGCGGCGGCAGCCAACUUCAGGCUUCGCCCUGCGACCUCAAGACAGUGGGUGCUAAGGGCUCCCAGCAGGGGGGUGUAUUGGGGACGGGUCCAGGGGGCAUGGGGGGGCUGAAGAACGGCCAGGGCCUGACCUCUGGGGGACAGGGGUCAAAGGUGAAGGUAAAAAGAGAGAGGAGCACCUCGGUGGAGUCCUACAACGAGCAGCAGCCAGACACAGUCACGCCCACCAGCGACGACAAGGACAGUAACAGGGUGAAGAGGAUGUGUGUGGCUGAGAGGAGGCAGCCCUACAGUGGAGCUGACUGGUGCUCUGGAGGAGAGAGUGAUGAGGACGACAAAGGAUUCUUCAACUGUAACUCCAGUGACGUGAAGCCCCAGGACUCCAACUCCCAUCCUCCCUCCAACGCCGGACUCAGCCGCUCUUCCACGCCCUCCCACAAUCCACUAGGAGGCCAGGGCGCAGCGUCGGAGUCGGCGGGUGGUCAGAAGCCUGGGUCUAAAGUGGUUUAUGUCUUCACUACAGAGAUGGCCAACAAGGCAGCCGAUGCUGUUUUAACAGGACACUCAGAAAACAUAAUCAACUUCCACAUGAAAAACAUCUCCAACAGCAAGGACAAGACCCCCCUCCCACCCCUGAACAAUCAGACAGGACCCCUCCGAGGUGACUCCAAGCCCUCUCAGCAGUCAUCUCACCCCUCAGACCAGAACCACCAGACAGUGUCUAAACCUGGCAUGACUGAUCAAGCUCCACCCCAGCCCCCUCCCCAGGGGAUUAAGCCUGGUUCACUCACCCAGGAUGGGGCCUCCUCAGCAGGCAUGGACCCCAAGAACAUCCCUGGUAAUACCAUGGGUCCAGGUGACCAGACCCCUGGGUGCCAGCCUCAGUCCGAACAGGGCAUGCCCCCUGUGAACCCCCCUCAGCCUGGGGAAGGAGGAGGGCCGGGGUCCAUGGGGAUGGGUCAGCCUGGUCUGACACCCCAGCAGCAGCAGCAGCAGCAACUGGCCCAGGAGCUUCUCAACAUGGAGGCUAACACAGAGGGCCUGUCCCAGGAACAGCUGCAGCACCGCCAGCGCUCCCUCCAGACCCUCCGAGACAUCCAGCGCAUGCUCUUCCCCGACGACCGCGACGCCCCACCGCCACCCGGCCCCCAUGGGGGACCCCCACAGCCCCACGACGGCAUGCCUGAUGUGGGACCCAGGAGGCCGGAGCAGGGUCCUCUCCAGGCCAUGAUGGCCCAGUCCCAGAGCCUAGGUCCACCAGUGGGGCCAGGAGGGCCCCGACCCCAGGGACCCCCAUUCGGCCCCCCGCAUGGACACCCCAGAGACAUGCCCCCCUUCCCAGACGAGCUGGGUCACAUGAUAGGUCCUGGGGGGUGUGGAGACGGAGAUCACAUGACCCCGGAGCAGGUGGCCUGGCUGAAGCUGCAGCAGGAGUUCUACGAGGAGAAGAAGAGGAAACAGGAAAUGCAUCACCGCCCACUUCCUCCCGACAUGAUGAUGCACCCCCAUGGGCCGCGCGGCAUGAUGAGAGGACCCCCACCGCCCUACCAGAUGGGCCCCGGAGAGGUGUGGGGUCCAGGGGGGCCGGGAGGGCCAUCAGAGCACUACCAGGAGCGCAUUGCCAUGGGCCCCAGAGGGAUGCCGCCUCACAUGCAGAGAAUGCCAGGGUUCCCCCAGGGCAUGAUGAACCCUGAUAUGGAGGGACCCCCCAGGCCCGGGAUGGGCUGGCCUGAAGACAUGCCCCCCAGAAUGGGGAUGGGGGAUGGCCGAGGGUUUCCAGGAGGGCCAGGGGGGAUGUUCGGAGGUCCAGGGUUGCGGGGAGAGCGCUUCCCCAACCCCCAGUCAGUCCAGGAGGCCAUGUUUCACCAGGGCAUGGGGGGCGACAAGGGACCGGGCCUUCCUCCACAGAUGAUGAUGGAGAUGCAGAGGAUGAUGGGACACCAAAGAGGCGGCAUGGAGCCGGGCAACGGGGGCGGGAUGAUGUUUCCCAGGAUGCCUGGCGAGGGCCCCAUGAGCCCCUCCUCCAGACUGGCUGUGAUGGGGGGCCGGGACAUGGGCCCUGAGUUUGGCAUGGGCCCCCAUGGGAACCCCCAACUACGAGAUGGGCCAAUGAAUAUGAGCCCAGAUGAGAUAAUGAGAAUGAGAGGGCCUCCAAUGGACAACAUAGGGCCCCAGGGGAGGCAGAUGCAGGGGUCCCACUUCCCUGACCAUCCCCAGCCAGGGGACUUCCCCAUGGGGCCCGGACGGCCCUUCCCUGGGGGUCCUGGAAGUAUGAGGGGGCCUCAUGGAGAGCAGCCCUACCGUGGCCCGGAGCACAGGACCACGCCUACGGGGGGCAACGGCCGCCUCAACCACCUUCCCCCCGCCGCCGGAACACCCCAGGGCCAGAGGGGACGUAAGCCUGCAGAGCUGAACAUCCAGUCAGGAGGGGCCAGCUCGCCCAGUCUCAAUCCCCUCAAGUCCCCUCCUUUGAGGCAGGUGCAAUCCCCCAUGAUGGGCUCUCCCUCUGGGAACCUCAAGUCCCCCCAAACCCCCUCCCAGCUGGCUGGUAUGCUCUCCGGCCCUCCGGGAUCCAAUGGCCCCCCUAACACUGCCAACUCGGCCCCAAUGAAGUCCCCUCACUCUAUGAUGGGGUCUGCUGGUGCCUCCCCAGUACAUAUGAGGUCCCCGUCCCUCCCCAACCCUUCUCCAGGGUGGGCAUCCUCCCCCAAACCCCCCAUGCCCAGCCCAGUACUCCCCCAGCAGCAGGGGGGAAAAACCCCCCUCAGUAUGACCUCACCUAACAUGAUGGGUAACAUGGAGCAAGGUGGUAACGCCCCCCCCUCGUCAGGAGCCCAGUCUGGCCCCAUGCCCCUCCAGGGGGGUCCAGGUGGCGCCCCGACCGGCAGCCCCUAUUCCCUCCCCCCCGAACCCACGCUAUCCCAGAACCCCCUCUCCAUCAUGAUGUCACGCAUGUCUAAGUUCGCCAUGCCAAGCUCCACCCCCCUCUACCACGACGCCAUCAAGACGGUGGCGAGCUCGGACGACGACUCGCCCCCCGCGCGCUCCCCAAAUCUAGCCCCCAUGAACAACAAUGGUAUGGGAAUGAACCAGCACCAAGGUCCUCCUCGUAUGAUGGGCCCCGGCUCCUCUGGCUCCAUGCCUGCCCUCAGUCCCCUGGGUAUGACCCCCAUGGGCUCCCAGCCUCUCUCCCACGGCAUGCCCCAGCAGAUGCCCUCCCCCAACAUUGGCCCGGGCAUGAUGCCCCAUGGCAUGAUGAUGCCCCCCAACCCCCAGGACCAAGGCAUGGGCAACCCCCAGAUGAUGCCCCAGGGGCGCAUGGGCUACCCCCACCGAGUGCAGGGCUACCCCCUGCCCCAAUCCCCCUCCCAGCAGGGUCCCUUCUCCCCCCACAACGGCCCCGGACCCCAGGGCUUCCCAGGACAUCCCAUGGGCUUCCAGGGAGAGGGAGGUCCUAUGGGGGGCCGGGUGGGGAAUAUGUCCCAUGGAGGGGGAGGCGACGGGGGUAGGCCCAACAACCCUGGAGGACCGCAGUUCAACAUGCAGGGAGAGUUCAGUGAUGCAGAUCUGCAUGAAGUGAUGCGAACAGGAGCAUCCGGUAUGCCAGAGUUUGACCUGUCCAGGAUCAUCCCAUCAGAGAAGCCCAGCCAGACUCUGUCCUACUACCCCAGGGGAGGAGGAGAUGGGCCCGGCCCAGGGGGGAAACCUCCACACAUGCAGGGGAUGAUGCAGGGUAUGAUGGGGGAGGGCCCGCCCAGGAUGGGCAUGUCCAUGCAAGGGAUGGGGGGGAUGCCUGGGGGGCCGGGAGGUGGUAUGGCCCCCCAGGACAUGCACAUGGGAAACCCUUCCCACAAUCAUAUGCGGUCGCAUGGGCCCCCGGGGUUCAUGGGUCAGGGAAUGAUGGGACCCCAGCACCGGAUGAUGUCACCGGGGGGUCCGGGGGGCAUGAUGCAGGGGAAGGAGAGGGGGGUGCUCUACAACCACCCUGGGCCUGGGGGGUCGCCCAAUAUGAUGAUGUCACUACAAGGCAUGGGUGCCCCCCCCCAGCAGACGAUGAUGAUGGGAGGGCAUAUGAGGCAGCGUGGCAGGGACAUGGACAUGGGGUUCAGCCCAGGGCCCGGAAUGUUCUAACACACAACUCAUAGAAUCUUGGACCUUGAAUGUUCUGAGCCGAUAUACAGUAUGAGGAUGGAAUAAGUCUCACAGCAGAUAAGAGAUGGAUUAAAACGCAGGAAGUAAGGAAUGAAAGACAGAGGUGGGUUCUCUGGAUUGAAACAUGUAGUGCAGAGGAGUGGGUAGUUAUUGGCUUGUGGGAGCUACAUAGCCCAGUACUUGUCUUUUACCACAAGCAUUUCAUUUAGUCUCUUCAGAAAUGUCUGAAUGUAUGGGAUUGCUGUGCUUCAAUGUCCAUUUCACCUGUUCAAGUGUGUUUUUUUCUUUUAAAUCUCUGAUUUAUAAGGGUCAGUUGAGCAUCGGAGAGGAAUGGAGUGAACCACCUUGGAGGACUGUACACUGUAAAAAUCAACAAUGGAUUUGUCCGGUAAUGGAUAACAAACAUAAAAAGACUUUGUGGAAUAAAAUCGUACUUUGAGAAUAUUUCAAUGGAACUCCAUCUUCUCUCUGGCUCCAUCGUUUUGACUAUUUCUGUCCAGUAUGACUGUGUGUAUGCACCUGUGUGUGUGUGUUUUUGUUGUAAGUAUGUAUAGGGAUUCUAUCAAUGACCUCUAAGCUCUCUUAUCCACCUUUCAUUGGGGGAGGGACGCCCUACUAAAGAACAGUACUGUUUUCCAUUGGUGGGCUAUUUUAAUUUCCUUUGUAACUCCAGUGUAUAACAAACCAAACUAUGACCUCAAAGAUACUAGUAUUAUUAAAAAAGCACAAACAUGGAUCAA